UCUUGUUAUUAUUAUUAUUGCUAUUUUGUUUUGUUGUAAAGUGUGUGCCUCUUUAACUAUACCUUUAUUUGCUAAAAAGAAUUUUUCCUUAAGUUUUCUCGACCAAUCUAUCGCCCCUAAAGAUCUUUCUCAAAACUGUUUAGAGAGAGCAAUUCACCAACUGAUCAAUUCCCCUAAUUAACACGAAAGAAAAACAAUGACUCUUUUGUUAGGAAAAUUCUCUAACUAUUAUCCCAAUAUUUUUGUUUUAAUAUAAUUUGCUGGAAUUUAUAUACUAGUUUAAUUUAAAAAGCAAAUUGUUGAAUUUCUGACCUUUCAGCAAAUUCCCUCUCCAUUCAGUCAUUUGUCAUUUCCGUGAAUUGUCUUCACUUUUCUCUCUUUUCUCUUUUAAACCUUUCCUUCCUUCAAUAUUGGCCAUUCCCGUGUAAAAAUAAAUCGUUGUCAGCUUUUUCUUUUUAAAACUUUUUUUCUGGUCAUUUAUUGGUUUCAUUUUACACUUUUAAAAAGUAAAGAAAGAUAAAUAAUAUGCCCAAACCUUCCUCUCUUUUUACCAAAUUACAAGUCCGCCUAAAACGUUUUCCUCGAUUGGAUGACGGUUUAGAGUCAACAGACGAAGAAGGAGAAUCAGAAUUUCACGCUAAAAAAUUUCCUAAUCCUUUAUUUGAUGGAGAAAUUAUUGAAACUACACCAAAAAUGACAGGAAGAAGACAAAGAGCUGUUCGCUUCAACUCUCCAAAUGGUCUGUCUCCACCUUCAGCUCCUCCUCGCCCACCUCUGCCAAAUUCAUUUCCUUCUGGCAACGCUGCAGCAUUACCUCCAAAACCAAAAUCUCCCCAACCGGCCCCAAGGCGUUCAUUUUCUCAAAUAAGCCCUCCCUCAAUUUAUUAUUCACAAAAUGGAAAUAAUUCUUCUGAUGAAAAUACUUGGAUUGCUAGUAAUCAAGAUAAUAAAAAUAAUUUUGGAGAAAAUUCACAACCACCAAGGCCUAAUCGAAAUAAUAAUAACUGUCAAAGAGCAAAUUCAUUAUUACGACAAAUGAGAAAUUCUGAGUCAAAUGAAUUUGAUGAACCUAUUGAAUGUAGCAGUAGACAAAGGGCAGGUUUAUCAUCCUCAUCAUCCCCACCAAUUUAUUUAUUUUUGGAGCAUCAAGGAGAAACUAAACGUUCAACAUUUCCCCCAAAUCUACGUUCAAUAGAACAUUUAAAAAGUUUAUUUUUGCGUUCAUUUCCCUUAUUAGAAUCCAAACAUUUACAUUCAAAUAAUGUAAAGAUUUAUAUUCAAAAAUUAAAUUCUCCACACGGAUUGUUUUAUGAAUUGGAAAAUUUGGAGGAUUUGGAAGAUUCUUGUGUUUUAAGACUUUUUGAACAAAAUUUGCCUUCUUCGCCUUCAUUUAAUCGUCGAAAUAAUGCCCCAAUAAUUGAAUGUCUUAGUGAACCAGAAAUUAAUGAAUGGGGAGAUGAAUUAAAUAAACAACAAAUUAUUAGACCAGCAUCCGUUUUAGGCUCUAAUUUUAAUAAAAACAAACAAAAAAGAAGAAUAUUAAUUGAUGGGGGACAUACAAGUGAUUCUUCUACUUGCUCUUUUGGGGGUAAUCAAACACCUAUUUAUUAUACUACAAAAUCGGGAUCGAGCACUCCAAGGGAAGAAAUUGUUGAACAACACCAACAAGAAGAAACACGGAGAAAGGUUGACAGUUUAGAACGUCAAAUGGCUACAUUAUGUUCAUUAGUUCAAUGUGCUCUAUUGCCUUAUCGAGAAGGAAAUGUUAACAAUAAUUCUGAACGUCAAAUGCUUCAUUUUGACGGGGCUCUAGCUUUGGCUGAUUCCACAACUUCGACAACACUUUCUAAUGGAUCUGAAUGUUUUGAUAGAUUUAAAAAUGAUUUUAAGGAAUGGGGACAUAUAAUUAAUGAAUUGGAGGUUAUUAGAGGGGAUUUGGAUUUACUUAAACAGGAUGUUCAGAGAAACACAUUAAAUGGAAAUGAAAUGAUACAAGAUGUAUUAAAUCAAAUAAAGAGAACAACAAAUUUAAAUACAAAUUUAUUUCAACAAAAUUUAUUUAUUACAAAUUAUUUAAAUAGAUUAUUUAAUGUCCAAUCUUCUUUAAAAAAUUUCGAAUCUAAUUUAGAGAAUACGAGAAGUGCUGUUUUAAAUUCUACAAGAAGAUUGAAAUUGGAUGAAGUUAAUGAAUUAACUACAGCUUUGGGGGAAAUUGGGCGGGAAUCUGUGGAAUUGAAAGGUGCUGAAUUUAAUUUGUUUGGAAGUUGAUAAAACUGAAAAAGUGUUUAAUUUCACAUUAAUUGAUAAAUUUGAUUUCCCUCCUUCCUUUCCCAAUAGAAAACUAAAUGGACUUUUUAAAUCUGUGGCCUCCAUAAUUAUUUUUUUCCCAAAUCGAAAUUUCGAAUCCACCCCAGAGCUAAACCCAGAAGACCUACGCCCAAAAGAUAUUGACC